AAAGCUCUUGACUUUUACACAAACCGCCAACAGUGCCAAAGUCAGUUUUAAAAUUUACCGCCUCCGUUUUCAUCUACCGCCAUAUGAAUCUGAAGUAGAACUUCAAAAGCUAGCAUUGAUCGAACUGCAGCGUUCACCGAACCCAAUGAAGUUCAAGGCUUAUCUCACCGAUAAUGGCGUGAACCUGUUAGAGAAGAGGUUCCUACCGGCCCUUGAAAAGAUGGGGAAAGUCUGCCAUCUCUAUCUAACCAGAGACAAUGCUUUUUUCCUUCACAACCUCCUUAACAACGACGGCAUCCAUUCCAUUGCUCAAUUCCGCAAAGAAGCGCUCUUUGAUGACUACAGGAUCUCUAGCCAGAACGACGAUCGCAUCGCCUUUGCCAUUGACCUUACCCUCCUCCAGCGUGCCCUUCGCAGUGUCAUCAGUAUCUACACAGAGUUCUCUGGCGGGAAUACCUCUAACCGCCUUCAGAUCAAGCUGGUGAAGAAGCUUCCUCCUCAUUCUCAACAGCCUAUGCCCUUUCUCACUUUCGAGACCAAAGGCUACAGAUCUGCUGUGAUUCAAGAUGUUCCCAUCUCUAAGCCUUUGUCUAGAGGGGAUGUGGUGGAGCUGCAAGCAGCCCUUGAUGGAGCUCAAGAUUUGCCCCCCACUCUUGUUCAUGUCCCGGACAUGAACCUGUUACAGAACUUUGUGGACCGAAUGAAGCACGUUGGAGAUGUGCUAAGUGUCUGCAUUAGCAAAUACGGGGAUCUCCACCUCCAAAUUUCUACCACUUUGAUAACCCUGGGUGCCGAGUUCAGGAAGCUACUGGUCAUUGGUGAACAAGCAGCGGUUCCAUCAUCGGACCACGAUUUGACAGCUCAAUCCCGAGCGCGGAUGGCAGUUCAAAAGGGGGAUGGCAUGAUGGUGCACGUUAGCGUGAAGCACUUCUUCAAGUCUCUUCAGUGUCACUUGGCUAAGCCUGACUGUGCUUUCUAUGGGAUCUCUCCUCAAGGUGGUUGCUUGACCUUGAUAUUUCAAUUCUUCAUUCCAGGUACGCGACAAACGGACAAAUCAAUUAGUCUCCAUUGCCGAAUCCCCGUGCUUGACCCCGGUUCCAGCUGAUAUCAUGUCAGGCGAUCCCUAGCUAUAUGUGAACUACCAUCAGAUGUUUUUUCAACUUUUAGCUAAUGCACUCCUUUUGCUUACAUAAGUACACUUGUUGGAUUUAUCUGGAAAUAUGGAAUUUAACUGCUUAUAGAUCUGCAUCUUAUAGAUCUACAUCUUGUUCUGAUCAGCCUAGCUAGCACUCGUAUUAAUAUGGAAAAUGCUGCAUGCACACGGCACUUACACCAAAGUUGAACCACAUUUAUAACUUUGAGCUACACUGACAUAUUUUGUUUGUUUAUAAAUAGUGUGUAAGAGG